CUCUUUCUUCUUUUACUAACCCAAAAUGGCGGAUCGAUAACACGAAAUAAUACGACAGGCAUGAAAAGUCGCUGUUUUAAGUGAAAUAAGUGUGGUUACAGACUUUUGUGUGAGGUUUUGAAAGUUGAGUAGGCGACUCUAUGCCGAGAAGCACUGAAAAUUGUUUACUGCCUCCAAAGUGGUAUGAAGCAGACCAUUUAACAAUGAAAAUGAUAAAAAGAAUAAAUGCAAUGCUCCUGUUUGUACUGUACGUGUUAGUGAACGUUGGGUGUUUGGUGACAGGAGGGGAGAUUUGGAGCUGGAGCCAUGAAAGCAGUAACAAAGACAUCAAUUCAGUUUUAAGAGAUGCAUUUGACUAUAGCAAUCACAAGGGUCAGUUUGGUAUAGGAUCCGACGACUCCCUGUCCAUGGCAGAAGACCCUGAAAACCCGGGACAGUACGUGUUGAGAGUGUUCUACAAGAAAGGUACAUGGUCAGGUCACAAAAGUGACGGUCAUUCAUGCCACUCCGGAGAGAAGUGUCACAGAGGAGCCCAGUUUUAUGCCACACCUAGUGAAAUGGCUCACCACACAUAUACAACCCUUACCUUGCAGUACGAGGUAUAUUUCGACGACAGUUUCUCAUGGCAUCGUGGAGGAAAGUUACCGGGCCUAUGGGGUGGGACUCGUGACUGUUCAGGGGGAAGAAUUAGUGACACAUGCUUCUCCACGCGCCUCAUGUGGCGGCCUCUAGGUGACGGCGAAGUUUACACCUAUGUCACACAUAACCAAGACCCGACCUGGGACAAAUGGUGCGAUAAGUAUGACACAUCGAGCACAGAAUCGUACCAUCACAUACAUUGUACAACAUCAACAGGCAUUGAGUUAGGACGGGGCAGCUUCAGGUUCCAUCACCAUAAAUGGCACAAAAUACGCCAAGAGGUCCAUCUGAACUCCAGCCCCGGACAUAAAGGCUACAUCAAGUUGUGGGUGGAUGAUCACGCCGAGGUUCACGUAACUGAUAUCAUCAUGCGAGAUAACACUAACUUUGAUAUUGACGGCAUUUUCUUUUCAACGUUUUAUGGAGGCGGUGAUUCAAGCUGGGCGUGUCCGCGUGACACUUACACCUACUUCCGGAACUUCCGUCUCUCCACUGACACAAAGACCCCUUCUCAAAGUCAGCUUGUCGGCUGAUACGUACAUUACGUGUCAUAAAACAAAAUAAAACGUUUUUCUCUUUCAA